UUAAUAGUUUCUUUCUUGGUUACCGUUAUUGCGGCCGUGUUAUCGUUUUUGUAAAAUGUUAUUUUUAUCUUUGUUAUGUUUGGUGCCUCUAGUAGUUGCUAAAAAUGAAUUGUACAUGGGGUACAAAGUUUACAAUGUAAAACUCACGUCACAACAGCAGCAGGAAAAUUUACACCUGUUAAAAGCAGAUAUAAUAGACUACUGGAUAAAGCCAAACUUCAAGUAUGGCGUCACAGGUUUAGCCAUGCUGCCUCCCUCACAUUUCAGCUGGUUUGAAGAAAGGCUUGAUGAGCUGCAAGUUGACAAGGCAAUUGCUAUUGAAGAUGUAUACGAAUAUUUAUCGGCCAAGGAAUCAAGUGUCACAAAGAAGGCACCAAAUGAAAAUGGUGGCAAUGAAACUGAGGAAACUAAUGUCACCGAUGAAGACGAGGACGGUAGCAAUGACACCGAAGAAACUAAUGUAACUGACGAAGAUGAUAGAACUGAAGAGAUUGACGUAACCGAGGAAAGUGAAGAGGAUGAUAUCACUUUUGGCUUUGACGAUUAUUAUCGAUACAACACAAUACUGAACUACAUCUACAAUAUACGAGAUGCCUAUGAAGAUUCUCAGACCACUUCUAUUGAAGUUGUAGAAUUUGGAUCAACUGAUCUUAACAGACCUUUGGUAUAUCUAAAAUUAACUAGAACCGGUGGCGAAGAAAACAAGCCCAUUAUUGUUAUCGAGGGAGGAAUAAAUCCAAGGGAAUGGAUCACUAUACCCUCUGCUUUGAAGAUUGUAGAAGAACUGUUAGAAAGUAACCAAGCGAGAUAUUUAGAUAAUUUUGACUGGAUUGUUGUACCUGUAGUAAAUCCUGAUGGAUAUGAAUACACACAUACUGACCUUCGUCUUUGGGAGAAGAACCUCAGCACGAAAAGCAAUUUGGGCUUCAUCUGUCCUGGCGUCAAUAUCAACAGAAAUUUCAAUAUCGACUGGUCCAGAGCCGAUUCUAGUUCCAGUGCUUGCAGCCACCUUUAUGCUGGUACUGAAGCAAACUCUGAAAUCGAAACCCAAUUAAUUCAAAGUGUCGUAGAUACUUACAGAGAUCGGAUCAGAAUGUACAUUUCUCUACAGAAUGGUGGAGGAUAUAUCUCUUAUCCUUGGCAGUAUGAAUUCGCUGCAAGUGGUACAUUCAGACAAAACCAUUUGCUUGCCAUGGAGAUGGUUGCAGCAAUGCAAGAUGAAUAUCAUCUGGAUAUAGCAUCAGUAGCUUACGGAGAUAGAGCGUCUGGUACGAGUUCAGAUUAUGCUAGAAUUAAUGAUGUGCUGAAUGCUUUUAAUAUUGAUAUUGUUAGACGAGGAACUGAUGGAGUUAUUGUGCCGGAAAAUGAAAUUGUUGACAUUGUUGAAGAUGUUUGGCGUGCUGUGGCUGUCGCAGCUGAUAAUUUGAUAAACUAGAAUU